AUGACAUGCAGCGGAGUAUACCCGCCAAAACCCAAGCCUCCUCCUCAUCAUUUCUGAAUCUGCAGUUGUCAAAACGUUUUUUUUCUUCUCCUCAUUAUUUUUCCACCAAACCCAUUUACUAUCUCAAAGUUUGCACUCUUCCCACGCUAAACCUUUUCUCUCUCCAAUUUCUGUGCAUUUCUUCAUAUCCGGGAGGAGGGAGAACUAUGGACACGGAUCAAGAUGGGUUGAAAACUUGCGUUGUUUUGGGAGGGCGAGGUUUCGUUGGCCGAUCGCUGGUCGGAAGGCUGUUGCGUCUCGGCAAAUGGAUCGUCCGAGUUGCGGAUUCAUCUGUAUCCCUCGACCUCGACCACGCCGAGUUUGAAGCUGACUCGCUUCUCUCCCAAGCCCUCGCCUCCGGCCGUGCCUCUUACCAUCGCGUCGAUCUUCGCGAUAAAUCACAGAUCAUCAAAGCUAUUGAAGGUGUGACAGUUGUUUUCUGUAUGGAUAUUAUGGAUUCACACCCUCCUGAUUUGUUCUUCUGCUAUGCAGUCAUCGUUCAAGGAGUGAAAAAUGUCAUCCGGGCAUGUCAGGAUUGUAAAGUCAAACAACUUAUAUACAACAGUUGUGCUGAUGUUGUGUUCGAAAAGGGACGUGAUAUUGAAAAUGGUGAAGAGUCCGUGCCUUAUGCCGGUAAAUUUGAGAACAUGUUGACUGAUCUUAAGGCUCAAGCUGAAGCUCUUGUCUUAAAUGCUAACAAUGUUGAUGGCCUUCUUACAUGUUCACUUCGUCCUAGCUAUGUUUUUGGACCAGGCGAUAAAAAGCUUUUGCCAAUGAUUGUGAAGAUGGCAAAGUCAUGUUGGGUUAAGUUUAUUAUAGGGAGUGGCAAUAAUGUAUUGGACUUCACCUAUGUGGAAAAUCUAGCCCAUGCCCAUAUCUGUGCUGAAGAAGCUCUAAAUUCUAAGAUGACUCUUGUAGCUGGCAAGGCCUUCUUCAUCAAUAAUCUUGAGCCCAUGAAAUUCUCAUCAUUUGCAUCUCUGGUCCUGGAGGGAUUGGGGUAUCAAAGGCCAAUGUUUAAGCUUCCGUCUAGUAUGGUUGAAUACAUUCUUUCUGUUGUAAAAAGAAUCCAUUCAAAGAUAAACAGUGGGAAGCUUGAUGACUAUGUGUCAGUUUACAAUUUUUUUGACUUAGCCUUGUGCAGCAGGACAUUUAACUGCUCUGCAUCACAGAAGUAUUUAAGAUACUCACGAAUUGUUCCAAUGGAAGAAGCAAUUACAUUGACUGUGAAGUCUUCAUCUCAUUUAGCCAAGGACUCCUUUUUUGCAAGGUAUGCUGACCACGAUGAAGAAACAAAGGUGCAUAAACUGUUAGGAGGUGGAAAAGUUGCAGAAGUUUUACUUUGGAGAGAUGAGAAGGUGUCGUUUGCUCAUUUUCUGUUAUGUUUUGUGAUCUACUACUGGUUUUUCCUGUCUGGGAGAACUUUUGUUUCAUCUCUUGCCAUUCUUUGGCUGCUAAUUGCUGCUAUGCUUUGUGGGUACAGCAUGUUGCCACCAGUUGUAUAUGGGGUCACUGUUCCAAGAAUAUCAUGGUCUUGUUUUGAGAUUUCUGAAGUGGAUAUGAGAAACUGUGUUUCAACAAUAGGCAAUAUGUGGAAUCGAAUGAAUCAUGGAACAAGGUUGCUGGCUCAAGGAGAAGACUGGUGUACUUUUCUUAAGGUGGCAGGGUGUCUGUACUGUUUAAGGCUGAUUGCUUCACUUACAUUGGCCGGUUCCCUUGCCACAGCCCUAGUUGCGGCGUUCUCAGUUUUCUUCAUUUAUGAGCAAUAUGAGACUGAAGUUGAUGCAAUGUGCCAUGUCUUGUUCAGCUAUGGGAUGAGUGGCCUUUCAUUUUUGUCGCAGAACUUGCCAAUGCCCUUGGGGUCCAUACUCUCAAUCUUCGAAGCGUCUAUCAAGAGAAGUGGGUGACUGAUUCUGUUGUCUGACUGUAUAUAAGUGAUUUUCUUUUAUAGUUUUUAAACAAAACACUAUUACUACCCUUAGUAGUAAGAGAAAAGUAGGGAGAAACCAGAAUGAGAGAGGUCGAUUGCUCCAUCUGCUUCUACUCUUUUUCCAUAGAAGCCAAAAAGGCUAUGAGAGAAUUGAUUAAAAACGUUUUACCUAGCCAAUCUCUGAACUGGUAAAAGUAGUGACCAAAGUUUUGAUAGAAUCACAUAUUACUAAUAAAUCAUAAAGUUUUUCGGUUUUGAGGGUUCUGAUGUGUAUUUCUGUAUGUUCUUUCAACCUAAUGCAAAUUUUAGAUGCUUAGAACUUAGAAGUAGCUGUUUGUAUCUG